GUCUUAUUAUCAUCACUGAGGAGCCGUGAAAACAUUAUUGUGUUCAUCUGUGUCGAGCAAAUUCUAACGUUUCCGAUCAAUUUGAGUCAAUAAACGAACAAUGAGUGAUCAUCCGGUGACUAGCAGAUGAGCCAAAUCUGAUCGUCGCUGAAAGAAAGAGGCGAAGUAUCGGCUAUUUUGUCAGCAUGGCUAGUUGCGGCGAGGUUAAUCUUUCCAUGGACUCCCUGACUUCAGGCAAGAAGGUGAGUGGGGAGUCUGUGACGGAGGGAAGUCCAUCCCCUUCGUCUCCUUCGCUGCCCAUUCCUGAGUGUGCAAUCUGCCUGCAGAGCUGCGUCCAUCCCGUACGCCUGCCAUGCCUACAUAUUUUCUGCUUCCUAUGCGUAAAAGGAGCUUCCUGGCACAGCAAACGCUGCGCCCUCUGUAGAGGGGAGGUGCCCGAGGACUUCCUGGAGCGUCCCACUUUGCUCUCGCCUGAAGAGCUGAAGGCUUCGGCGACAGGCGGACGUGGUACGGGGACUGGUGGCCACGCGUGGUACUACGAGGGGCGUAACGGAUGGUGGCAGUACGACGAGCGGACUAGCCGAGAGCUAGAGGACGCCUUCAACAAGGGCAAGAAGAGCGCCGAGAUGCUGAUCGCCGGCUUCCUGUACGUGGCCGACUUGGAGAACAUGGUGCAGUACAGGAGGAAUGAACACGGCCGCAGGCGGAGGAUGAAGAGGGAUGUGGUGGAUAUCCCUAAGAAAGGUGUGGCCGGAUUAAGACUCGAUCCAGAUCCCAAUCCCAGUCCUGCAGCGGGAACAGCUCCUGCAGCACCCGCAGUUGCGGAUUUAAGCGGAAGCAUUGAUGGUGCCACAGCGGAGCGAGAGAGUUCAGCAGAUGGAGCGGACACUGGAGUCAGCGGAGGACGUCCUCAAGGCAUCUUUGCUUCUGCUCCCGUAAGGCCGCCAACUGUCUUGGGUGGUCACCUGACCAGCCCUGCUUCCUCCAGUGAUAUUCAGCUUGUACAGGCUCUCUCCCAACUCAAUAUGAACCCCGCUGAGCAAGAACCGGAAGAGGAAGAUGCAGACGACGAAGACGAUUCGGCCGCUCCGGACCCAUCGGGGUACGAAUCAGAGUCUGGCACGAGCGAGGAUGAAGAUGAGCAGGCUGGGGACGAAGGUGAAGAUGAGCACACAGAAGGCUCCCAGGGUAGGCAUAGACUGCAUCAGUUGGACAGACCGUCCCCUGGUGGUGGCCCUGCGCAUAGCGGCGAUCGCUCGGGGUCCCCCGACGGUCAGUGCACCGUUACAAAGGUCUGACCGCAGCACAACUACAGAACUCCUACCCAACUCCCACAACCGCUGGGUAUUUCUAACCAAUCUCUGAAAUGCAAAAAAUUAAAGAAUAAACCUUUCAAAUCAUUGAAACACGGUCUUAAAUAAGGUUGGAGGCUAGGGACGGAUGGUUUUAGUGUAAGAAUAGUGCUUGUCUCUUUCAGUCUUAGAGGACUGUACCAGGGCUGUACUCUUUAAUGGAAAUUACAGGCAAAACUACAAUAAACUUGCUUUUAUGAUGCCUAGAAUACUGUAAAUUGGUCCAGCCAUUACACUUUCAUUUGCAUUCUUGUAAUAGAAAAUAAAAGUUCACAAUAAAAAAACAACUUUUAACCCUGAAAUUAAAAGAAAGAGUAUAAAAUAUAAAUUUGCACAAGCCUAUUUUUAACCUUAUAUGACCAUUGAGAUUUUUGUGUUUUUAUAACAAAUUAGCACAUUUCAUCCUAAAUUCUCAUUACUCUAAUGCAUUUGUUUUAUUAGUUAUUAAUCUCAAUGCUGAUUUUCACUUGUUUCUUAUUACUGUGAUACUGAGAUUUGUGUAAAAAUUUUAUUUAUUAUAUUGCAUUAAUGAGAAUUUAGGUGGGGACAUUUGCUUAAUUGUGCACAAUGCAAAGAAAUCUUAAUGAUCUACAAUACAGGCUUCAUUUCAUCAUGUAUU